UUAAUGCUACCUUCCUUCUUUCUUUUGUUUCACCACCGGAAAUGUCUGACGUGUCUCGCCGGAAACUAACGACUACCAGAAUUCACAUAAUGGCCUUAGACGGCAUCGUGAACGUGAAUUCCCUCUUCACCUUAGCACUCUUUCUGGGCAUCACAACCACCAACACCAACAACACCCUCAUUGAUGGCAACGCCGCUUGCGCCGCCGGAACCUCCAUUUCCGAAGGUCUGAUCGCCUUCCACGUCUACUCCUUCAGCUCCUUCCUCUUCUCAAGCCUCGUCGCUUUGGCUCUCAAAAACGUCAUCAACCUCAGCAAGGACGUGGACGAUGGGGAUAGUGACACUCUGGAUAGGGACAUAGCUACCAUCAACAACUGGGUGCACGGUGUUGUGAAGAUUAACAUGGUAGUUUUGAGAUUGGGGACUCUGGUUUCGGCUUUUGGGUCGGUUUUUGGAUGUGGGUUUUUGGUGAUGGCUCUUGUGGAUUUGGUACAGAUCAAGUUGGGGACUUUGGCUUGUGGUAGUCGUUAUACUUUGGCUGCUAUAGCUCCUUUGCUUGUUCUUGUUCCCACUGCGUUACUUAUAUAUGUUGUUCUUGUGCUCUAUGCCUUUACUCGUUAA